GCGAAUCCUCGCACGGAACUGAAGAAAGGAAAUGACGCCAUCUUUUCUACCCUGAUUGCUUUUCUUUUCCACAUCUUCCGUCUUAUUUUGCAAAUUUAUCGUGGAAAGCCUUUCCUUUCCUUUGUCUGGAAUUUCAGUUCAUGGUUCGCUGAGCUUCUCUUUCUCUCUCCUUUCGCUGGUUCGAGAGAGUACUGAAAUGACGUCCACCUCAGAGACCAAUACCGAAUCAGCUUCAUCUCCCGCGAUACCACCAAAUCAAGAGGAGAAGCCUCAAAUAGAGCCGUUGAGGCUGCCAACGGUCGAAGAAAUCCGUGGCCAAGAUAUCUGGAACAACUGCGCUGUUCGCAGUGCUGUCAGCGGUAUCAUGGGAGGCGGGCUUGGUUUGUUCAUGGGUUUGUUUCUUGGGGCUUUGGAUAAUCCCUUAAUGCAAGAGGAAAUGACUGGAAAGCAGCAAUUCAUUUAUAACGCCAAGCAGAUGGGGAGAAGAAGCAUUAAUUCUGCCAAGACGUUUGCUGUGAUGGGCUUGAUUUUCUCCGCUGCCGAAUGCAUUGUAGAGAAGACUCGGGCGAAACAUGACACCACGAAUACUGUUGUGGCUGGGUGUGUUACUGGAGGGGCAAUAUCUGCAAAGGGUGGACCAAAGGCUGCGUGCGUUGGUUGUGCGGGUUUUGCAGCAUUUUCAGUUCUGAUCGAGAAAUUCUUGGACAGGCAUGAUUAAUUAAUAGGUACUCAGUUCCAUCAUACUCAAUUUUGAACAGUCAUCCUUUGCUGCCAUUUGACUUGGACAAAGAGUGGCAAUUCAUGUGUGCCUUGCAAUUAUUCGAUCAGAAACUUCAUCUUCCUGAUUUUGUUUCCCCAUUUUGUUCCCCCUUUUUUAUAAUGUGAAAUUUCAUUGAUUGGAUAAUGAUCCUUCGACAUUGUAAUAUUUAAUUCAUAGGAAGAGUUUAGCACUAGGGAAAGUUGAGUAGAUAGAAAACAUAUAUGGUUCGGAAUAAUACCAAUGAGAAAGGAUUCUCAAGAAUUUUGUUGUCAUUCUGAUUUCUUGUGACUUGUGAGUGAUUAUCAACUAGAGAAAUUGUAUUUCGGUUAUGGAUGUUCCUUUGAUUAUCUAUAUGAAGGUUUCAUGAAUGUCUCAAAGAUUGCCAA